AUGGAAGCGGUUCUCUAUAAGAGACCGAUAGCAAUCAGCGUUCAUACGCUGACGACCUUGACAGCAAACUUCAAGGUAUACGCGGAACCAAUUGCGUUCUCGCAAGACGAACAAUCCCAACUCGAUGAAGCCCAAGCGGCCAUCGACCUCAUAAGUGGGGGGAUUGACCAACUAAACAAAGCCAAAGAGGAUCUAAAAAGCCUCCUAAAUCAGUUCAAAGAGUACUAUAGCACGAGCACAAAAGACGAAAAGAAAAACUUGAACAACGCUAUCGAGGAGAUAGAAAGGGAGACCAACUUCAAUGAGGUCUUAGGAAAAGCAACAGAGAUGGUCUUCAUGCUGGAGUCACGCAUGACUGAGGCCAAAAGCGCAAAAAACAGGCUGAUGCGAAAAAUUUCACUGGAUAACCGUCCAGAUAUGUUCAAAAGCAUGGAAGCAGAUGAGAUACAAAGAAAAAAUUCUCAGGAACAAGUGAUUGAUGACACCCCAAUGAUUACCAGUCAGGGGCAACUUUCCGAGCUGUCUGAGGACAACGAAGAAAAAGACGAAACUUCAACAAAUGUGGUCGUGCAAAACGACUAUCCAGCAAUCAUGGUUAGGCAAAACGAAGUCCUAGUGAAUCUGUGGCGACUUGAGGCUUAUGGUAUAGCCUGA